AGUGUAAAAUAUGGAGUAUUAAAUUCAUGUUAGGCCAUUGAAUAAACCUAACAUUGUAUUUUUCACACUAUAGUGUCUUACCUUUUGAAAUGAUUGUUUUUAGUAUGAAAUCCAUGUUGAAUAAAUGCAUGCAUCUUCUACUUUGAUACAUUUUGUGCGUGAAAGCUGCUAAAACCAAUCCAAUAAAAGGUCAAUAACCGCUACGCUAUCUGGGGGGGGGAAAAAACAUCUUGGCUUUGUAUUACAGGUGAUAAAGCAAACUAGUGUAAUAUAUCUCAUUCAUCAUUCAUUUUAUUUUUAGAAUAUGCUGAGGUCAAUAAAAAAAAAAGAGUUGCGGGCAAAAAUUGGCCCCCGGGAUGCACUUUGGACAACCUACUGUGACCUUCUGUGUGUAUUAAAUUAAUAUUGUUAUUAAUUUAUCAUUGUUUCACAGUACCUUAACUAAUGUGACUUAAACGUUUUUUAUGUGAAUCUUAAACCAUUUAUCUCGAUUACUUAAAGCUGUAAAGACGUCUCUAUCGGCUUACUUAUAAUGAAAGUAUUACUUGUGUUAUACAGGUAAUGACGAAGUAAGUGCUUUUCCCCUCAAAGGUUCACUCCGUGUGCAGUAAAAAGAGUCCAUGUCAGGUUUUGUCCCCCUCCCCUGAAAUUAACCUUAAUGUAAAAUAUAUAAAGCGGCUCUUCUGAGUCUCCCUCGACACACACGCGCUUCACGCUGCCGACCAAUCAGGAGCCGCCGACACGUGCGAGCGCCAGGAGCCGGGAAGUGUGUGACAGAGUCAGGCGAGGCUGUCUUUCGCGGCGCGUCAGCCUCCAUACACACACAGACACACACACGCGCGCGCGCGCGCGCACGCACGCACACACAUCAACACACACACGCACACACACGAGGGGGAAGAUAGAAGAGAGGAGAAGCGUCGACAUGAGCGGACACUUUGAGGAAGACGUCCACGGAAGGACGGAGAGGAAGGGCAGUAAAUCUCCCACCCUGCUGUCUUCGUACUGCAUUGACAGCAUUCUGGGCCGCCGGAGCCCGUGCAAGGUGCGGCUCAUUGGCGCCCAAAGUUUGGCGGCGCUGCCCGGCAGAGGGGAGCUCGACAAGGCGGCUCAGGGGCCCACUAAAGAUCCGCUAUCUCUGGGGGCUGACAUGCACCUGCCCCCGAAGCUACGCCGCCUCUACGGCCCUGGAGGAAAGUACCUCCAGGAGCAGGCGGACAAGCUGGACCGAGAGCGGCUCCUCCUGGAAGGAGCCGCGGACAGCCUAAAGAUCAUCCAGGCCCCGCAGGUGAGCAUCAGCCGCAGCAAGUCCUACAGGGAGAACGCGUCGCUGAGCCGGCCUGAGGGCGAGCGAAGCCCCGCGGGGGCUUCGGAGGAUGGCGACGGCGGCGGCCUGGUGGAGCUCGGCCCGUUGAAGUUCGAGGAGGACGCCGUGAAAGAGGAGGAGAGCUGCGGGGACGCGACGGCUCUGUCCCCGAAAGACGAAGAGAGGGAGAGCUUGAACGCCGGGGAUGGAGACGUGAGGGACGGGGAGGAUAGUGUGUGUCUGUCGGCGGGCAGUGACUCGGAGGAGGGCAUGAUGAAGCGCAAGCAGAGACGAUACAGGACUACCUUCACCAGUUACCAGCUGGAGGAGCUGGAGAGAGCUUUCCAGAAGACACACUACCCUGACGUAUUCACCAGGGAAGAGCUCGCCAUGCGUUUGGACCUGACCGAAGCGAGGGUGCAAGUGUGGUUUCAGAACCGCAGAGCCAAGUGGAGGAAGCGUGAAAAGGCGGGCGUGCAGGCCCACCCGCCAGGCCUCCCCUUCCCGGGCCCUCUGGCGGCCGGCCACCCUCUCAGCCACUACCUGGAGGGAGCGCCCUUCCCGCCUCACCCGCAUCCCGCCUUGGAGUCGGCGUGGACGGCCGCAGCAGCCGCCGCCGCCGCCUUCCCGGGCCUCGCCCCAGGGCACCACAAUGGCUCCGCGCCGCCGCUCGCCACCCAGCUCGGGUUGGGCACCUUCCUGGGCACGGCGGCCAUGUUUCGCCACCCGGCUUUCAUCGGGCCCACUUUUGGCAGGCUCUUCUCCAGUAUGGGCCCUCUGACCAGUGCUUCCACCGCCGCCGCGCUCCUGCGGCAACCCGCCCCUCCUGUAGACAGCUCCCACGCGGGUCCCGUCCUCCCAGACCCGUCCCCUGCUUCCGCCCCUUCAGCUUCCUCAGCUGCAGCAGACCGCCGGGCCUCCAGUAUCGCCGCCUUGCGCCUCAAGGCCAAGGAACACUCGGCCCAGCUCACCCAGCUCAACAUCCUACCCCCCAGCGCCACAGGAAAGGAGGUGUGCUGAACACAUCUACAAGGCCUCCUUUACCCCGCUCUCUUACCCGUACCCCCCCAAAAGGAAGAAAAGGCCCCUUUGACCCCCAACAAAGCACACGGUGCACAAGUGAUGCAUUAUUUGCUUCGCAUUCUAAUGCCAUCCAAUACAAGACCUCCAUCCAAAAAACACCUUUGCAAAGAUAAUGCAAUUUUAGUCUUUCAUGUUUGUGGUGGGGGGGGGAGUGCACCACAUCAUUUUGAGAGAUAUUCUCUAAUAUUCCUCCCGUCUUAUGAAAUAAAGCAAGCAAAAUAUGAAAGACAUGCACUCCUGAAGUGCACUUUUACUCCUGAGGUAAACAUUGUUAAAUUCAACAUUUUCUGUUUGAGGUCUUGCAUUGGAUCUACUAAACUGUACCGACCCAAAUAUAAGACGACCCCUUUUUUUUCCAAGAAAAAUACUUCUAUUCAUUCUAUUUAUUUUACAUUCUAAUUGUAUUAUUUUAUAAAUUUUUCAAGACACAUUCUUGGUAUAUUUCUUCUACGUAUAAAUCGCAGCAUCGCGUCUUUUUCAGACUUCUGAGGGGGGAAAAUACCGUCUGAUAUUGGGGUCGAUACCUUUAAGAUGUACUAGAUUCACUUUAGAAUGUUCCUAAAAUGUGUGAUGGUACAGUUGUGGGGGGGAAAAAACAAAACAAAAAAAAGGUACCCCGUGCUACUUUAUUUUAUCGGAAUGCAUAGAUGGGGGGCUGGGCCAGUAUGGAACCCCGCCUGCCUGCCUGCCUGCCUGCCGCCCACCCAGAACCAAAGGAAACCGGUCCACAGACCUGACUUAAGUCUUCUCUACGAGCACGACUCCUCUGCCACGAGUCGGGUCGUUUCUAAAGACUGCGUGAAAGAAAGCUGUACAUAGUGUGUCAAGCGGGAGGACACGAUAACAACAGAAGUCAUCAUUUUCCAAGCUUGUGUACAUUUCAGGAGUUUUGAUCAUUUGCACUCGUGUAGUGUGUGAUGAAUGUCGACCCUGUGUAGAAAUCCACUUGUGUUUUAUGAAUUAUUCAAUUUUUAGAUCAUUAUUUAUGUCCGUGCUAUGAACUGAGAGGACGCUUUUUAAGGGAAGUCAGAAAACGAGCUCUUUUCGGCAUUCGGGACACGUGAGAUAUUUUAGAAGUAUGAAUAAAAAGUGUUAUGAGAUAAAGUGUGUGCGAAUGCUGCAAAACGUCAAAAGGGGGAAGCGGGAGACAUAUUUCAACCAUGUCUCUCCUCUUGAGGCAAGUUGACAAAAUAGAGGCCAUAUAUUCAUGAGCUUAAUCCCCCACAUGUGAAAGGAGGCACAAAGGCGAGGGGUUUUCAAUUAGAUGCAGCACUUUAGCUGGGCGGGCGGCGACAAAACUUCCUUGGAAAAAAAGGCUUUAGAGCCGCUAAAUUGGUCUUAACAUCUGUAAUACCGUGUCGCUGGAAGUGAGUCCUCUUUGUCAUUAAUGAAGUAACAAACCACUUCAUCAGUCAGCUUUCACACACACACACACACACACACACACACACCUCGCAUGGUUAAUUCCCCCUCCUAAAUCCACCCCCUCCACUACUGACGCGGGGACUAUUACAGCAAUCAAUGCGCAUUCUCCUCCGUUUGACCCAUCUUUGGUGCCCGUGUAAAUCGCGUGAAAUUACCCUGAGGAUUAAUUUAGUCCCUCUUUUGAUUGAGCGCCUCGGGGGGAAAAGCCUCUUCUUCUUCUCUCGGUGGACUUGUCUUACAGGUCCGACACCUGUUAAUCACUCAAUUUACUCCGAACAAGGGAGAAGCAGAAGCCGAGCCGACGAGGGGGGAAGUUAUGUCGGGGGAAAUCUUCACAUGUUCACGUGGGCUCGUGCACUCAUGCAGCUGCUGCAAGAAUGACGGG